GAUGGAGUAUUUCGCCAGUCAGAACACUGGGGAGGUGUGCGUGCGCGGUUCUAACGUAUUCCACGGUUAUUACAAAGAUCCCGAGAAAACUGCUGAGGCUGUUGACUCUGAAGGCUGGCACCACACGGGCGAUGUGGGCACGUGGCUUCCAAAUGGCACGCUGCGCAUAAUCGAUCAUCGCAAACACAUUUUCAAGCUAAGCCAGGGCGAAUAUAUUGUACCGGAGAAGAUUGAGAAUAUUUACACUCUGAGCCAAUAUGUAAAUCAGGUGUACGUUUACGGAGAGAGCCUUAAGAGCUGCAUCAUAGCCGUCGUCGUGCCUGAUGUGGAUGUUCUCAGGCAAAGGGCGAACGACAAUCGCGUCAAGGGCACACUUUCGGUGCUAUGCAAUAAUCCACAAGUAAAAGAACUCAUCAGGAGCGAUAUGCUGAAUUGGGGUAAGCAGAGCGGACUGAAAUCCUUCGAACAGGUCAAGGAUAUAUAUUUGCAUCCCGAUCCGUUUUCGGUACAAAAUGGACUACUCACACCAACAUUCAAAGCGAAGCGGCCACAAUUGAAGAGUUACUUUAAGCCACAGCUGGACGAUAUGUACAAACAUUUGGAUUAAAUCUAAAAUACAGCAGUAAUUAGUUUUCUAAAUGCUGGAACAUUAAUUGCCAAUUAAAAGCAAUACAGGGAGUGGGCAACAUUGAACAGAGUGCAUAGUUAUAUUUACUAUAAGAGACUUCUAUUCAGAUCAAAAGCAAAAAGAAAAAUACCGAAAACAGUGCGAGAAACCCCGUAGAGGAGUUAGAAGUAAAAUGCGAACAAUUUUAAACUUUAUGCGAAAAUAGAAAAAACCUGCAAUUGCUAUU